AUGGUCAAUCCUCAGAGUGUUCCUACUUUAUUGAAUUCCAAUGGAAAUUAUUCAUUGGAUGGUAAUGAUCAUGCGGAAGACUAUGAGGCGUGCAGUAAUGAUUCCAACAACGUUGAUCUCAAGAAACUGUUCGUAAUGAUUGAACCUCCUUUGAAUUCCAUUAAGAGUAACUUGUAUUAUUGUGAUGACUGCUUCCAUGUUGAGCAAUUGAGAGAACAAUUGCAAGAUUUUACUGCUGGUAAAAAGUAUGGUGUGAUUGUCAUUACUGGACAUGGAGCCUUGUUUGGUACUUGUCGUGGUAAUACUCAUUCCAUUAUGUAUCAGUUCAGUGUGGAUUUACCUAAAAAACAUUCAAAGGGAGGUCAAUCUCGUGAACGUUUUGCUCGCAAUAGAGAGAUUGCCAAGAAUGAAUACCUCAAACAAAUUGCUGAGAAAGCAAAUGCCUUGUUUAUUUCUCAAGCUCUCAAUGCACCCAAUGUUGAUGGAUUGGUAUUGGCUGGAUCUGCUGAUUUGAAGAAUGAAUUGAUUUCUCUCAAAUCCGAUGUUCUUGACUAUCGAUUGAGAACCAAGAUUUUAUCCAUUGUUGACGUCGCCUAUGGAGGUAAAGCAGGAUUCUACCAAGCCAUUUCUCUUGCUCAAGAAGCAAUUCUCGAUGCCAAAUACAUUGAAGAAAGAGAAUGCAUUGAAGAAUUGUUUAAUUUGAUGGCAAAAGGAAACAAGGUAGCUGUUGGUUUGGAUGAAACCAUGUAUGCAAUCAAUGCUGGAUGGGUUGAUAAGCUCAUUAUUUGUGAAACUCAAAAUCAACUCAAAAAGGUUACCUUUGCUGACAGUUCUGUCAAGUAUUUGAGAGAAAAAGAUUUGAAGGAUUAUGGAGAUUCCUCAAGCAUUGUCAAGGUUGAAAGUUUGCUUGAUUAUUUGAUUGACAAUUAUGAAAAGCUUGGAAUUAAUUCAUUGAACCUUGUUUCCUCAUCGACCAACGAAGGCAACAUGUUUGUUACUUCCUUCGAAGGUAUUGGCUGUAUGUUAAAGUUUGAUGUCAAUGUCGCUGCUCUUUUGGCUGAAGAGAAUGGUCUCAAUGAAUCAAGUUUUGAGAACCAUGCCUUUGAUGAGGACUUGGCCGAUUUCUACUAA